UGCGUUUCAAUUUAUUGACUGGCGAUGAAAUCAGCCGCUGUCGCUGUGAUCAUUCUCAGCCUGAUUCAUUGUAAUCCGGGAUUUGCGACACUUCUGGAGCCGAAUUGCGGAAUUCGAGCUGAAAGUCCCAGCUACCGAACAAGAAUUAUCGGAGGCAGGGAUGCACAGAUCGUUUCUCAUCCUUGGAUGGCCUUCCUGCACUACGAUUCCCGGAUCCACUGCGGUGGAACGCUCAUCAAUCGACAGUUCGUCCUGACAGCUGCCCAUUGCCUUGAUGGGGAUUUAAGACUAAAGGUUCGACUAGGAGGUAUAAGCCUUGCUCCAAGUGGCUAUCCAACAUGCCAGCUACCAGCCGAGGACUACAAUGUUGAUUUGGGCAUAAGGCAUAAGUAUUUUACCCGCGAUGUCUUUCUAAACGACAUCGCCUUGCUCCGACUGGCCAAGUUUGUGGAGUACAAUGUCCAUAUAAGGCCUAUUUGCAUUGUCCUGCAUCCGGAAAGGAAACUCUUGUUGGACAAUGUGAUAUCGCUGACGGCCACCGGAUGGGGAAAAACCGAAAACGGUGAUGUGGCCACCGUUCUCCAGGAGGCCACCAUCCAGGUAAAGAAUCGGAACCUCUGCAGCGAGCUGUACCAAGUGCCGGUGGGUCCAAACCAGAUCUGUGCCGGCGACAGUGAGACCAACACCUGCGGUGGUGACUCUGGUGGACCUCUGGGCGGUGUGGUAAACUACUACGGAACGUUUCGGUUCGUCCAGUACGGACUCACCAGCUUCGGAGACAGGAAAUGCCGCGCUCCGAGUGUCUAUACGGAUGUCAUCACUUAUGGAAAGUGGAUCAAGUUGGUAGUUGACAACUUUGGUACAGAAAACUUUACUUUCUAAGUAAAUUUUGU